CAAAAGAGGAGAAUGGAUUGCAGAAAACGAAGACAAAACUGUCAAACAGAUCAAAGUGUUUGGCUAAAAGAAAAAUUGCACAGAUGUCAGAAGAAGAACAGUUUGCUUUGGCUCUCAAAAUGAGUGAGCAGGAAGCUAGGGAGGUGAACAACCAGGAGGAGAAGGAAGAGGAGCUCUUGAGGAAAGCCAUUGCUGAAAGCCUGAAUAGUUGCUGGUCUUCUGAUGCUUCUGCGACCAGAUCUCCACCUCUGGCUACUGGACUGUCUUCACAUUCCCACCAAGAGAACAGCAAAGAUUCUGGAACCACUGAAGGCAUAUGGCAGCUGGUACCUCCAUCACUGUGUAAAGGCUCACAUAUCAGUCAGGGAAACGAGGCUGAGGGAAGAAAGGAGCCCUGGGACCACAAUGAAAACACUGAAGAGGAGCCGGUCUCUGGCAGCUCAGGAAGCUGGGACCAGUCAAGCCAGCCAGUGUUUGAGAAUGAGAACGUUAAAUGUUUUGACAGAUGUACUGGCCACUUGGCUGAGCACACAGAGUGUGGGAAGCCACAGAAUGAAUGUGGCCAAGAAGAUCAGACUAGUGAAAAAAAUGAAGGCAUCUCAGAAGAUACGGGAGACGAAGCCAAAGAGGAAAGGCAGGAGUCUAGGGCAUCUGUCUGGCACUCAGAAACCAAGGAGUUUCAAAAAAGUUCAAUUAAAAGCUUGAAACAGAAACUUUUGUUGGAGGAAGAACCAACAACCAGUCAUGGUCAGUCUUCUCAAGGUCCGUUUGUUGAAGAAACUUCUGACGAAGUUCUGAAGAGUUCUGAAGGAGAAGACUCUGUGCCUGCCUCACAAAGCAUUUCAGCUUUGACCAGUAAGAGAAGUUUAGUUCUUAAGCCAGAAAGUUCUGCAGAAGAAAUCACUGUUUGCCCUGAGACACAGUUAAGUUCCCUUGAGCCCCUUGACCUCAAUAGAGAAGAUGCUCCAGAUAGCAGAGUGCUCCCCGUUGAAGUAAGAAUGGCAGUGAGCGAUAAGCAGGCUGAUAACAAGGAAGAUGGUAAGAAGGGACAUCCUCCUGCUGCAGGCUCCUCUCGUACCCGGGUAUCCUGCCCACUGUGUCACCAAGACUUUGCUCCCACAAAGAUUGAGCAACAUGCCAUGUACUGCAAUGGUCUGAUGGAGCAGGAAACAGUAUUGACUCGGAGACGAAGAGAGGCCAAGAAGAAAGGUGACGUUAAGACAGCUGUACAGCCGGCCCUGGACACCAACAGGAAGGAGAAGUGUUAUCUAUGUAAGUCCCUGGUUCCACUUGGGGAGUAUCACUGUCAUGUAGAGGCCUGUCUCCAGCUUGCAAAGGUUGACAGAGAAGAUGGGACUGAAGGGAUGAGGAGACCAAGAGUGUGUGCACCUGUGGAGGGGAAACAGCAGCAGCGACUGAAGACAUCAAAGGAAAAAAGGCAUAGUCAAGGCCGACUCCUCAGUCUCUUGGAGCAGUCUGAGCAUAGGACCACAGGUGUAGAGAAAAAACCCAAGUCUUCAGAGGCAAGACCCUUCAGGAUGCCCUCACCAGAGGUGGAAGAGGCUGGCUGCAGCAGAGAGAUGCAGAGUUCCCUCUCACUGCUCAACUUAAAUGAGUCUCCUAUCAAGUCUUUUGUUCCUGUUUCAGAAGCUACAAAUUGCUUAGUGGACUUUAAAGACCAAUUUACUUUCCGGUCACGAACCAAAUCAGGCAGAGGAAGGAGGAAAAAAUCUUGAAUUUCUUGAGACUGGAGGUUGACCAGAAUGAUGAUCGUUGGAUUGGUCGUGUUCGUUACUUGUCUUUGGUUUGUUGUGAGAGUUCGGACCCUGUUGUUCUCACCAGCAGCACCCAGACAGCAUCCUGGUUUUUAUGUUUUGUAAGAUCUAUUCAGACAACUGUGAAUAGUAUUCUGUUUGAAUUUGCUUAUAGUUAAAAUUUAAAUAUAUUUAUCUUUGUAUGAAAUCUUAUUUCAA